AUGUAAAAGAGAGACGAGAUGAUAAAACAGUUAUAGAAUCUACAAGACCCCUAUGUACUGCAACGUCAAAGGUAACAGGAUGUCAAAAGGAAAUAUGAGCAAUUGUUGGCAUAAGUCAAUUUGAUUUACGAUGAGGAUGGAAAGGAACGUCAAUAUACUGCUGAUUUUCAGAGAUUCAUUCAUUUUUAUAAAUUUCUGGCUCGUCGACCAGACAGCGAGCAGUCCAAUCAAUCAGUGAUUAACAGAUUACAAUUAUGGGUGCCUGAUACAAUUGUGCUCAAUGAUAAAGAAAUGCCAAAUUAUUGGUUAUAUUCAGAUUCAAGAGGCUAUGUAUUUAGAACAGAUACAUUUACCUCCAAAAAUGUGAUUAGCAAAUUGGCCAAUUACACCUCCCCAGAUGAACUUGUAGCAGUUGUUAAAAAACAAUAGUUUCGCAACAUGGAAUUAGUAGGCAACGAAGUAAAGUUGGUAUGUUGUAGAGAUCUGCAAUCAUAAAUAAAUGUCAACUUCUCAAAUCGGAUGGAUCUGUGUGUCAUUCAGAAGUUCGUCAAGAGCAAUGGACCCAAAGCAUUUGUAUGUCGAACCAUUUGGAGAAAGGACAAGAACCCCUAUUGUUACAUCAUAACAAACAAAGAGGAUUUCUUCUCUCAAUCAACCAAUCCCAAGACUGAAAUGACCAAGUAUGCAACCAAUGUGAAUCUGCAAAACUCAUGCACUAUUGUCAACACUUGUCGAGGCAAAUAUGUUGAUGAAACUGUCCCAUAUGUUAAGAAUCUUCUCACUUACAUCUAUAUUCAUUUGCAUAUCACCUUUCUAGAAUUCUCAGCUGAUUUCAUAAAAGAUGAAAGUGGAAUCUGGUGGUUUAUCAAUGUGAAGGGGUUCAUUAUUGACAAAAGUCCUGAAAAGAUCAUGUGGAAGUCCAUCACUCAUUAUGGAGAAGAAAUAAAUGAGGAAGGAUAACCUAUAGUUUAAGAACGCGUCUCAACUCCCAAGGCCAAAGUUGCUGACAUGUGCUAAAAGCAAAAGAUAUGCAAGUAUUGUGAGCAAUCCUAUCCAGAAUAACAUCUACAAUAUAAGAUGACACUUAAAAUGAUCAUCCAAACUGAUAAACAUCUCUACUGGAGAGGUAAGACAUUCAAUUGGAUUGACAGAUCUGAUGUCACCAAUCUUGAAGUCAGCAACCUUUAUCAUGAACACAAAGUGUGUAAACAAUGCUACACUUUAUACAAGGAAACAGAAUAGCUAAUUGAAUUGCAAUUGCAAUUCAAUAAGUUGUUGGGAUUGCCUAGUGAUUAUGAUACUAUGAAUUAAAUGUUAACACUCAAAGCCAAUCAAGUAAAUAACGAAACCGUUAAGACUGGAUUAGAGGAUUCUAAGCAAAUAUUCAACAUCUCUGCCACCAAACAAUUGAUACUCAAUAAUUAACUUAUUCCUAUGAUUCAUAACACAGUCAUCAAAAACUUGAAUAGAUUUAGAUUUAUGAUUCUAAUACAUUCCAUAAGGGAUGUCCCUUAAAAUGUAGACCUGUCUAAGCAUUAUUACAUUGAAUGCAAUAUAUUCGACCAGAAAUUCAAAAUCAAAUUAGAUUUGAUCUAAGGGUAGUUAUUUGAUAAGGGGUAUUUCUUAACAUUAAAUCGUAUGCGACUUUACUAUUUCUUUAGUGAUCAACGCAAAGGUUGGGUAGAUUACGUAAAUCAGUUAAAAGUACUGCCUAUGUACCUGUACUAAGAGAAUACAAGGAUUGGUACGUUAGAACUCGAACUCUAAGAUCUACUCUCUGAACGAGUCAUAAGAAGAGAAUUCCUUAAGGUCUUCAGUGUAAAGGACUGUUAUCCAAUAUUGAGUUGGUCGCUAAAUGUAUUCUAUGUUUAAUAAUGUAGUUAACAUUAGGCCUUGUAGAUUCUGGACCCAUUAAUGUUACAAGAAUUAAGUUACAAGAUCACUUUGGAAUUCAAUUGCCAAAUCCAGAUUACUGCACUUGCGAACCAUUGCCUGCGGAGUGGAUGACCAUAUUAAAUCAGAAAAAGGAUGUGGAGCAAUCUAGAUUUGAAAGAUAAAUGACUGCUUAGACUUUAAAACGGGUUUCUACUGCCCAUGCCAAAUUGUAGAAGAGUAAAUUCGAGGGAUCUUCACUCUAAUAAGAAAUGGAAUCAUUCAAUGAUUCAACCAAGGAGUUAUACAGUUAAUUAAAUUUGAAGAAAGAAAUCUUAUUGUAUGAAGUAGAUGAGGACGAACGCAGACAAAAGAAAAGAAGACAAUUUUAAUAGUAUGAUUUAUGA